AUCGAGACGCCAUAUUGAAAAGAACCAAUUUUAAUUAAAAAGAAGAGAAAAUAUGUUUUAUUUAUGACUUAUAAAGCGUCGUUGCCUUGGUAUUGUUGUGGAUAAUCAUUUAAUCUUUGUUGGACAAACAUACAGUACGAAGACCUGUUAGUAUGAAAUUUAACUGUACGUUUUGUUUGAAAAGAAAUGUGUUAAAACGGCAAUGAAAGUUUGAAGUUUUUGGGUAUUGGAAUGCAGCUGUGUUUCUGUCAAUAUUAUCAUGGUUUGUACUUGAAUAUGUUUGUUUAGCUUUUUUAUUAUAGCGGAUACAACUUAUAUACAAUACAUCAUAAUGUCCUUGAUAGCAGUCAGUCUAGCAAUAUUUGUCCGUGACAGACUGACAGUUUAUCCGGUCAAAACGUUUUGACCUGGCACCUGGGCAGGCUGGGCUGGGCUUGGGGACGUUUUGAUCUGGGGACGUUUUGACCUGGGGACAUUUCGUCCUGGGGACAUUUUGACCAGUAAGAACUGACAGUAUGCAACUCACUUUAGCUGGUACCAUUUGUACAGUAUGUGUUAUGACUGUUAUCCAAUUUUAAGGGUUGCACUCUGCACAGGGUCUGAAAUUUGCAGUAUCCCGAUAUCCCCACAAGAUACUAAACUUUGGUUUUGGAUACCAAACUGUGAAUGACUUGUACAGGGCUGCAAAUUACUGUCGGACAAUGCCCGACUAAAUUUGGCAAAUGUCCGAGCAAAAGUAACAUUGGUCUGAUCACAAAAAAAAUUGUCACAUACAUUUUUUUGCUGUGACAAAAUCUGAUUGCAAAUUCACUCAAUUUGCAUUUUGCAAUAAAAUGGCAUUCUAGCAUUUUACUUAACGUUGCGCUGGAAUGGCUAUACAGACGUGUACGUAUAUGUCCGACCAAAAUUAAAAGUGAUCGGACAAAUGUCCUGUCAAGUCAAAUAUUUAUUUGUAGCCCUGCUUGCGUCUCAACUGGAUAUAACAAAGUUUCAAACAUUAGGAUAAUGCUAAAUGUCUCUGGUAGUUCUGCCAAUUGCUUUGAAUACUAUGAGUCUGCCUUUUUGAAAAUAACCAGUCUUUGAUUUCGAACUUGGUGGUCUAGUUGUUGACGGUUGAGUCUCCUGUUGUUAUUGUAAUUUAUAGUAAUAGAGUAUACUUACUCAGAUUGUUCAGGAAUGCCAAAAUUUAUGGUAACCAGUAUCCAGAAGUAGGAUUACCGGUACUGGAUUCUCAAAUGGGAUACUAGAAAUUUGUAUUCUGGUAGAAAUUUCUUGACCCAAAGUGCCUGCACAAGUUCAAUAGGUGGCUGCAAGUGGCGCUCACACAUUGAGUGAUACCUGGUUUCAUUUCUUUUCUGUCAGCCUGAGACGAAAAAAUCCCUUCACUCUGCAAAAUCUCCAGCAAAACCUCGAGGAAGAAGUAAAAGUCCAUCCAAGAAAUCGAAAAAGUCCUCAAAAAAAGGCAAGUCCAAGUCAUGCUCUGCCUCGCCGAAAAAAAGCAACGUCGAUCUUCUAAGCAAGCCUGCGAUGGAAAAUGCAUAUUAUAUAUCCCACAAUGCACCACAGUUCCUGGCAUUCCGUGGUUUUGGAUGGGAGGGGUCGGGUGGUAAGACGAAAAAGAAAGGAAAGAAGAAAGGAAAGAAAAAAUGAGUCGAUGAUCAGACGGAAAUUUUUAUCAUUGGCAACUUAGUCAGCAUUGGUUAACUUAUUUAAAACUACAUGUUUGGUUUGUUGGAUGUCGUGUGUUUUGGUUGAUUAUGGAUAAUGUGUGCAGCAACAUUGACGUCCCUAUAGUACUGUUUAAAAUUAAGACAAAAUGUUAUAAGAAAUUGGUUUAGCAUAUUAUCUACAAUAGCAUUUAAGAUCUGCCUAACAGAAUCAACUUCCUCGAUAGUAUACUGUUAAUUUAAUAAGACAACAUGUUUUGUUUACCAUAUUGUAGAUACUCGUGAAUAACGACUGAAAAUUUAAGUUUUUAAGUUUACAACAAACAUGUUAAAAUGCCAUUCUAUUUUUACUUCUUUGAGUAAAACAAUUGUUGAUUGGUUCGAUCAUUUAUAAGCUGAUUAGCAAGAUAUUGAAGUGCUGUAGAUUAUUAUGUACUUCUGCCAUGACUGAUUGAACAUAUUUUUGUAAAGAGUGAGCAAUAUUUUUAACAAUAUUUUUUUAUAAAGAGUGGACAAUAUGUUUAAAAAUAUUUUUAAUUGUUUCAUAUGUUGUAAAUGAUACGAUUUUAUACGAGAGACUAUUUUUGUAGUAGUUCACUGUACAGUAAAUAUUAUUUUUAUUGAAUAUUGUUUAUUAAAAAAUAUAGUUUAUUGUUAUUUCCAAUAAACCUGAACACAUGUGUCUAGUUAACACAAAAGUUUCAUUGUGCCUACAGUACACGGCCAACUUUAUCUUUUACUUUAUAUUUAUACUCGUCAAGGGGUCAAUUUAUACCCGUUGAGCACUAGCGCUCAACGGAUUAGAUGAAAUAAAUAAAAAAUACACAAACUCUUACCCAGGGCUUCCGGAAACCUCUGUAUGGGGUUGAUAUAUCACAUAGAUACAGG